GCCAGUCGAGAGGGCGGAGCCGUUUGUAAACUCACGUUGCUCCCUGGGCUAUCUAGUUUGCACAACAACAGAAAUAUAAACUUAGUUUUCGCUCGUCAAUCGACGUUUCAGACACAAGCCUUAACAAGAGAAGGAUUUGAGAAGAAGAAGAAUUGUUUUCGUCAUUGCCUGGAUCAGGGCUGAACCGAUGGACUGAGAUCCAACAAACAGGACCACCAGAGAAGAUCCAACAUGGGCAACAAACGGAAAGCCUCCAGUGAGAUCGACAGAGAUUCAGAUGCAAGCUCUGGAUAUUUUAGUGCUUUGGACCAGACAGAAUAUGAAGACAUUGGACCAAGCGGUACUGCAUCACAAAGCAUGCCGACAGCUCCUCAGGUGUCUUUCAUUCCUGGCUCACAUCCAGGUGUCUCUCCCAUGAUCAUAAUGAACAACCUUGUUCUCAAGCAGCGUAACUCCGUGGCCCCUGCAUUAAAAUCUAGGAGCUUAAAUGCUUCCCUAGAUGUGGGUCCUCAGUCCCAGCUGCUUUUCCUCCAGCCAGUCAUGUCCGCUGGUGACCGUACCGACCAAAGCUCUGAAGAGCAGAAACAUUCCAGAAAGCAUGUUCCCAUGCAAAACACCUUUCCAAAAAUUUCCCCACAUCUUGCACAAGGGUCUACAGUCGACGAGGGUCCCAGUGCGAUCAAUAAGAGGUCAAACCACAGUCAUGCUGGAAGACAUCAGCAACGGCGUUAUGAUGAAAAACCUUUCCACACUUCCUCUUUGAAACGGGAUGUGUGUGAGACAUUUAAAGAUUACGAUGUAGACCCCAGCAUUGCUUCUUUAGGAGAAACUGGUCACACUGUUGAAGAUGUGGCUGUGGAAAACUCCUCAUCCAGGCUUUCUGACCUUCAGGAGCCCCACACCACCACUUCACCAAUCUCACUUUGCACUGACUCCUUCCUCACUUCGGUCCCUCAAAAGAGUCCCAAAGCUUCAGUCACCCAGAGCAGUGAUAUGGAGAAUAUCCCAGAGGCCCUCUCUCCAAGCUCCAGCAAACGCGAACGCUUCUGUAACACCUAUAACAUUUUGAAUCGGUCAGGCCUGCUAGGCAUCACACUGCGCACGAAGGAACUUAUUCGACAAAAUAAACGUUCCCAGGCCCAGCUUCAGAGUCUGCAAGCUCAGACUGACCUCUUCUUAGAAGCCAUAUGUAGUGGAGAUCCCAAAGUCUGGACGAGAUUGCAGCUUAUCCUCCAGAACUCUGGAAACAGCGAGUAGAUAGACACCUGUGGACUCU